AUGUAUGACCUGCAACGAGAUCCCCGCCAGUAGGAAGUAUGUCGUUGUGGGUGAUGAUCGACUGCUAGAAGUGCCAGCCAUCGGUAGUGUUAAUCUUAGUUUUUUCAGGAGGAUGAGAAUGGUGGGAAAACGACGACGUGUGUGAAGCUCACUGACGUGUCCGUUGUAGAGAGCCUGAGUUUCAACUUGUUCUCAACGCAUGCUGUUUUCUCUGAAGCAACCAAUCCUCCACGACGAACGUGGUGCAGCCCUACAAAUUGGACUGCUCUUUGCUAGAGAGGAAAAAGCAUCUGCAGCGUAUGCCAUGCGGUUGCCGUACGACCCAUCUGCGACUAUUGUAGACCCUGCUGCUUUGCCCGCAUUCGUGACUGCCCCCGAUUCCGCCCCCGCCGUUGGCUCCGCGCGUUCCCCUUCCAAAAAGGGGGGCACCGCGAAAUCAUUGGUGUCCAUGUUGCUGCCUUCCCUGGGCGGCAACCUCUACCUGUUCGUCGCCGUGGACAGCGCCUCGCGGUGGAACAAGGUCUACGGUCUCCGGCGGAAGUCCGACGCGCUGGCGGCAACGAAAAGGCUGCUGGCGGACGUGGGGCGGUACAACCUCGGGGGCAUCGAGUGUUUCCGCGUCGACAACGGCACCGAGUGGACCCGCGGCGACUUCCGGCGCUUCUGCGACGACCACGACAUCGGCGUCGAGUUCACACCUCCUGGCGUUCCGCAGUACAACGUCGUCGUCGAGAGCGCCAUCUGGCGCAUCAUGAAGGCCGGCAUGGCCGCUCGCCGCAGCGCUGGCCGUGUCUUCAACGUCGACUUCGCCUCCAUCCCCGGCCUCGACGAGCGCGGUGACCGUCUUUGGAUGGAAUCGGCGAAAUGGGCCGCCGACGCUCUCAACCAGUCGGCGACCAAGGCCAACCCCGGGCGGCGCUCGCCGCACGAGAUGUUCACCGGCGAGCAGGGGCCGUUCCGCGUGCUGCCGUUCUUCCAGCCCGGCUUCAUGCGUGAGGAUCGCCGCACCAAGCUCGACGACCAGGCCACCCUCUGCUAA